GAGCUCUACGGAGAAAAAGAGAAAAAAAAAAGAAAAAAAAAAUGAUCUUACCUGUGAAAUAAUUGGAGCAGGAAAUUAUGGUGAUUCAGGAUUUUAGCAGCGACGUUGAUAUCAAUUCAACUGAAAAUUAUCCAUCGGAAGCUUAUGAUAGAAUGAAGGAGCUGAUAGCAUUCGAUGAUACAAAAGCUGGUGUGAAAGGCCUAAUAGAUUCAGGAAUUCAAAUUCUCCCUCGAAUAUUUCACCGACCACCUGCGGAUAUUAUCGCUAAUGAGAAGCCGAGAUCCCACUUCAAAAUUCCAACCAUAGACCUCGGAGGCGACAAAAAGUACGACAGUGAGCACCGGAAAAUGAUAGUAGAACAAAUUAGAGAUGCAUCUGAGAAAUGGGGUUUCUUUCAAGUAGUGAAUCAUGGUUUCCCGCAAAAUGUGAUGGACGAAAUGACUGAAAAGUUUCGUUUAUUUAAUGAGCAAACAACCGAAGUUAAGACUAAGUAUUAUGGACGUUAUGUCAGUCAAAAGCCGGUAUAUUUCAGUAAUUUUGAUCUUUUCCAGGCACCAUCUGCCAAUUGGAGAGAUAGUUUUUCAUGUAACAUGGCUCCUGUUCUUCCAAACCCAGAAGAUUUUCCGGAUCUUCUCAGAGAUGCAGCAAUUGAAUACUCGAAAUAUGCAACUAAGUUGGGAUCUGAAUUGCUGGAGUUUCUAUCUGAGGGUCUAGGUUUGAAAAGGGAUUACCUUAAUAAAGUUAUGGAAUGUGAUAAGGGUCACGUCAUGGUUUGCCAUUAUUAUCCAGGAUGCCCUCAACCAAAACUUACUAUGGGCACAACUGAACAUUCUGAUCCCACUUUCAUCACCUUACUGUUAAGGUCAGGCGAUAGCCCGUUAGCCGAUAGUAUUGGUGCACUGCAAAUAAAUUAUCAGAACCAGUGGCUUGCUUUGUCUCCUCCUCCUGGCUCUUUCAUCGUCAACAUUGGUGAUAUGUUGCAGAUUGUGUCCAACGACCGUUAUAAAAGUGUGGAGCAUAGAGUACUGGCCAACCACGAUGGCCCUCGAGUAUCAGUUGGAAGUUUCUUCCGCACCCUUGGGGAAUCAAAGUUCUGCGGUCCAAUCAAGGAACUAUUAUCAGAAACCAAUCCUCCUGUAUACAAAGACACCACCGUUGACGAAUAUUAUCAGCAUAACCUCAACAAGGGACUUAAUGGAAUUUCUAAUUUAUCAUAUUUCAAGCUCUGAAAGUCGUAUCUACAUGAUUUCACGUUUGCAAGUUAUUCUACCUACAUGUUUGGUAUCUAAGUUUGUAUCUAGUUUUUCCAGCUUUGUAUUAUCGUGUAAUAAUGGCGUUAGGUCGUACAUGUAUGACUUUUAACACCUCAAGCAGUGUGCGCGAUUUCAAUUUUUUUGUUGGCAUGUUUUGUGUUUGGUGUUUAGGCUGGUUGCAAGUGAUGAGUUUGGUAUAUCUACCUUAUUUGCCCAGUUGUGCACUAGCUUGCAGCGUAUGUUUGAGCUCCGUGUCUAGACAUAAAUAUGUAUUUCAUUUUUCAAAUAAAAGUUUGUGCUUAGUAAAAA